AGGUAUAUAGGGGGGUCACCCUCCUGGCCCAGGCUAUACCCAGUCACCCAGUGCAGAGUCGCCCCUCGCCCAUCAUCUGGAGAAGGUGCAGAAUGGAGGUUUCCAGGGGCCAAGACCCUUCCCAAGAAGACCAGCCGGCCACAGUUAACAGGACUGGACAAAAGACAAGGGAUUUCCGCAACUUCACUGACAGUCCCCUGCUGGAGCGCGUCUACAACACCUAUCUACUCAUGCACACGCAUCAGACUGUGGACUUCGUCCGGAGAAAGCACGAGCAGUUCGGCCGGUUCUCCUACAAGAAGAUGACCAUCAUGGAGGCCCUGGACCAGCUGGAUGGGCUGGUGGAUGAAUCCGACCCUGACGUCGACUUCCCCAACUCGUUCCACGCCUUCCAGACGGCUGAGGCCAUCCGCCGGGCCCAUCCGGACAAGGGAUGGUUCCACCUCGUGGGGCUCAUACACGAUCUGGGCAAGGUGUUGGCUCUGGCUGGGGAGCCGCAGUGGUCAGUGGUCGGAGACACCUUCCCCGUCGGUUGCCGCUUCCAGAGCUCCAUUGUCUUCCACGAUACGACCUUCCAGGACAACCCUGAUGCCAAAGACCCCCGCUACAACACCGAAUAUGGGAUGUACCAGCCGCACUGCGGUCUGCAGAACGUGCUCAUGUCUUGGGGCCAUGAUGAAUACAUGUACCAAAUGAUGAAGUAUAACAACUUCUCCCUCCCGCCGGAGGCUUUCUACAUCGUCCGUUUCCACUCGUUCUACCCCUGGCACACGGGCGGUCAAUACCGUCACCUCUGCAACGAGGAGGAUUUGCGAAUGCUACACUGGGUGCAGGAGUUCAAUCAGUUCGACCUAUACACCAAGUCUCCAGACCUGCCGGAUCCGGCCAAGCUACGGCCCUACUAUCAGUCCCUCAUCGACACGUACUGUCCGGGCCUCCUGAGCUGGUGACCGUCCCCUCUGAGCUGAGACCCUCCUCCGGCACUGUGGGCAAGGCCCCAGGACUCCCCUUCCCUCCCACCCAUCCAUCUCUCAACCAGGCAUGGAUUCCUGGUCCCCAAAUCUCUCUCUGGACGCUGCCAUCAAGGCAACACGAACCUGGGCCAGUUAUCUGAGCAUCCACUGUCCAUCAGCAACCCCCCUCCCACCCCCUGCCCCACCUGAGCGCUCGGGGCUCUGCUUAUUUUCCUUCUCUCUUCAGCACCCCACAAUAAUUUGCCCAUACUGACCCCCAGCCCCCUUCUCCCUGACCCUCCUCCCACCCCUGCCCCCGUCCCCACUCUGUGUUCUCUGUUUCUGCUCCAGCUUCUUCCAAAAAUAAAUCCCUUGCAGUGUC